AUGUCCGACGCUGCGGCUCCUCUUCCUGCGUCGCGCGCACAAUCAACCAGAAAAUCACUCAGUGCAGUUUCUUCAUCCCGUAAAGCAUCUACUUCACAUCGCAAACGCGCAAAGAGUCUCGCGUCGGCCAAUCCAGAAGAACUCACGCCCAGGAGCCUUCGACGGCGCAGUCUGGUUCCAAAGAAGAGCAUCCUCAAGCAAUCCAAUGCCGCAAAUAUCACCGCCCCCCUCUAUGGCUACACCACAUCUCAGCUCGACUUCCAACAGAGACAGGGCUCCGAAGAACCAACACAGAAUUUAACACGUCUUUCCAACUUUAAUGGUGAUCGUCGCGUCAGUUUUGCACCAAACGCCCACGUCCGCUUGAUCCCAAAGGAGUCUCAGCACACCAAUGGCUCUGGCUCUCCGCCCUCAUCACCACAGGAUUCGGACACUUCGUCCGCCAACGACAGUCAGGAAAACAUGAGGCCGACACCAGAGCCGUCUCCGCUCAAGAACUACAAGUCGAGCAGACGCUCCUCGCUCCGACAAAGUAUUGGUGAUGGGGAAGGGGAAGAAUCGAUGGAUCUCGCGUCGGAGAACUCGUACGUAGAAGACGAGCAGAGCGCUGAAUCUGCAGCAGACAUGUCUCUCGAAAACGACGAGUCUGUGGUGUCUCAAGGAUCCAGUAUGGACAUGGAGAGCCAAGUUGACAUGGACAUUACCAUGAACACCAACGUUACCGGUCGCCUGUCGCUGGCAAAGCCUCGUCGAUCAUCAACAAGGCCAGCAGGUCGACGAUCCUCGACCGCACCUCGACCGCGAGAAGAGGGCAAACCGACCGAAUACACCGUCGUAUUGGAGGAGUCGCUCAAGGGCGAGUUUCAACCGACCGCCACCUGGCUAGCACUCAAGGCCGUCACUAACAGUGCGGAUAAUCGACCAAUGCCGUCAGAGGGUGACCUUGACAUUGAAACUGCGGCACAACGGAUGCUCAUGGCAGGGCAAGACAUUCCGUUGGUCGCGAAUGACGAUGGUGAAGCAGAUAUGACACUCAGCUCAAACGCCGACUCGGCUGGGAGCCCAGGAGCCAAGAUGAUGAAUCUAACCUCACUCAUUGGUGGCAUCCGACGCGCCUCGGCGGCUGCAGUAUCUGCAGUGAUUGACGUCGCAGCCCCUAUUAUUUCCCCAUCGAAAGAACCUCCCGCGACUCCUGCCCCAGAUGUUCGUCCGGUUCCGGCAGCUGUGCCCUCCAUUUUCACUCAGGACCAGAACACGAUUCCUGUUCCAGCAACUCCUGCUAGCUCUAUCCCUGUUCCAGCAGCGACGCCAGGAACUGCAGCAUCCAUCUUCCGACCGAAGCAAACCUCCAUCUUUACACCUAAGUCCGGUCAAACCACGGACGAAACCUCAUGGAUUCUCAGCAGCCUUCGCCCUCCCUCCGUGGUCAAGCCAAAGACUGCCUUUACAGUCAAUGUACCUGUACCAGGCACGCCAAAGACACCAGCACGACAAACUCCGAUGAAGCGACCGCAUCCAGCGGAUCAAACUUCAACCGUGGUGGAAUCUCCAGCGAAGAGGCUUGCUGUUGCUGUAGAAGGAAGCUCGCAGGCCAAACCAGUACCGCGAGUGACUCCAAACAAGAGCGCAAUCCUGUCGUCCCCAAUCAAGCGACCGGCUCAAUCUCGUACACCGCAGGUGCCUUCCAAGACCACAACGGCAACUCCUUCCACUCCAAAGCCUGCUCAAAAGACCGUAGCCCCAGCUUCUCCGUCAUCGCCUUCCGCAGCGGAUGAAUGGCCUCAGGAAACGGUUGAGAUUCCACGUACUCCAGUUGGUCAGGUAGACAGGCCCACUUCGCCAGUAUUGUCUCCAGCACAGACUCCUAGUGCACCCGAGACACCCAAACCACCGGUCGAGCCUAUCUCUCCAGCUAUUGAAGCCACCCCCGCCCGUAGCAUCGCGGAAACUGCCAAUGAUACGCCUGCUCGGACACCAUUGGCCAGGAGGAGCGAAGUCUUAUUGACAUCGCCAUGGCUCAGCAAGGUUCAGAGGCCAAGCAUGGCCAUCUCGCGUGCAAGCGAUGAUGAGGGAGAGUUUGACGACGAGGGUGAAGAAUAUGGGAAUACUAUGACGCUCGCUAUGCUCGACGAUGAGGCACGCGCUCGGUUGCCUCGGUCCAUUGAUGAGCUCUUGAAACUUGUUGGAGGAGAGUUUAUGGAUAACAUGGCUGCUCGUCGACGGUCGACAAUGGCUUUGCGAGCCAAGGAUCAAUAUCCCGACACUCCACCAACUAUUGGUGACUUUGCGAAUGCAAUUGUGAUCGACUAUCCUCAGCUCAGCUACUACGACUUUGUUGUCAAGCAUCUGCAGACAUACAUUGACCAACUCGACAAGCAACAAGCGGAGAUUAAUGAGACUGUCGUCGAGAACCCGCCGCCAUGCUUUAUCGACUUUGCAACUGGAGGUCCAGACACGCUUCCAGAGCUCAAACUGAUGUUGGAAUCCCUUCGACGUCUCGUCCGUUCGCGGACCAAGCUCCAGUGGUACCGCUGGCGAUACGAGGGUGUCAGUGACCUGAUCAACACUGUCGAGACGCGAGAAAAGGCUGCAUUGGUGGACCUGACACAGACUCGGGCUUUGGCGCCAGAAGUCAUUGCCAAUGCUGAAAUUAUCGAGGCAGAGCAUGCGGCGAUCAUGGCCGAGCUAGAAAGAGAGCGUGCGGUGGUUGCAGAGAUUGAAAAGUGCGACGCCAAGGAGCUUGCGAGCCUCAAGGCCGAUAUCGCUAUGAACAAUACCGAGUUGAAAGCUCUUGAACAAGAGAUCUUCCAACUUCAAGCCGACAUUGAAGCCAUCACACAGCAAGAGAACGAGCUCAAGCUGGAACAGAAGAGGCUGCAACAACGCAUGGAGACGGCCAAUCGAAUUUGCGCCAGUGAAAACUGCGAGCGUGACGCGUUUGGUGAGACUCGAGCAGCCAUCGAGCUCUUGGAGAAUGUGUCCGGAUGGAAAGCUCUCAAGAUUUCAUCUUCCAUUGUCGACCUGGAAUACAUCAACCAGUACACCGUUCACAUCCCCUGCAAAGAUUGGGUGCCGAUCGUUGACCAAUGUACGAUCAACCUGAAGAAGCAACCCUUCUCCAAGUCGACACGGACGUCGGAUUGGCUACCAGAGUUUACCAGCUUCACUCUUGAGUGCGCUCGUCAACGAUUGGUAAAGGGCAAGUUUGGUCGACGGAGCGUUCGAAAGAUUAUGGGCAAGCUGGCCGCAUAUUGGUCUAGUUGCGAGGUCGUUCGUCAGGAGAUUCUGCUUCUCCGCUCCAAGUUUACCGUCACCUUCAAAGCGGACGGCAAAACACUCCACACUCGAGUGUCCCUCCUGUUCAAGCAGACGUGUGCAAAGGCUGUCAUCGACUUUUCUCUCACUGGCAAACAAAUCGAAGAGUGGCCGCAGAGCAUGCAAGACGUCGCGGUCCAAGCCGAAAAGGUCUACGUGCUUGAGGAACAAGCGUCGAUCAGCGAAACGGCGCUUUCUGAAGCAGUGCUUACAUAUAUAAAGUCGGUCUCAUCUCAGGAAGAGUUUGGCGUCCUCUUGGAUGCGUGUAUGGAGGCCGAAGCGUUAUAUUCUUGA